AUGCUCUGGGCCAAGCUCCCCCUCCUCCUGCACACCAUAAUCGAGACAGCCGCAGCCCUCUCCUUCAUCUGCAAGCCCGAAGCACAGCUGCCGGCCGCCUCGGACGACGCGAGGCUCAUCCUCCAGAGUUACGGCGGCCUGCUCCUGUCCUCCAACAUCCUCUGCGUCCUCUUCCUCGCCCGCCCGGGCCUCGACUCCGCCACCGGCCUGGUCGCCCUCGGCGUGGCGUCGUACCACCUGUGGCCCGCGCGGAGGGCGUUCGUGAGGAUCCACCGCGGGAUCGGGAUUGGGGCCGAGCAACGGCGGCAGACGCGGGUCCUGGGCGGCCCGUCGUUUCAUUUUGUUGUGCAUGUUGUGUGUUUCGUUGCUCUUAUGGGGACCGGCUUGGUUGGGCUGCGGAGCGCAUGA